CUUCGUUGUAGCCUGUACGGCGAUCCUGGACUGUAAAGCCGACGGGGAGCGGAAGGAAAGGGGGAAGGGUCUAGAGAAUCUUGUAGCGUCUCACGAUCGCGGAGUUCCUGGAUUUUCCAUGGAUUUCAGAGCGGUUUCAGGCUUUGAGAAUGCAAGUUCUUGGCUUUAAGUCCUUUAAAAAAAGGUUCUUGGCUGUCUUGAUAAGAAGGAUUGUUCAUUAGUUUUCGACAGCUGCUUUUGAUGUGAGGUGUUCCUGUUCGUGGACUUGGCUUACCUCUUCUUGAAAUUGAGACCCUUUGAGUUUUUGUUUCCUACUAAUAUGCUAGAUUUCUUAAGCUAGUAAUCCCGCAGCCUGUAUCUUUUUAUCUUAUGGCAUGGAGAUUAAUAUCAAUUGCAGAGAGCUUCUGUGAAGAGGAAGCGGGUGAGCCAUGGGCAACUCAUGCGCCAAAGGUUCUGAGCAUAAAACCUUCAAGUGGACCAUUGACGGCUUCUCCUCCCUUCUAGACAAGGGUGCAGGAUGGACAUGCUCCAGCGUGUUUGAGUUCAUGGGCAUGAUAUGGUGCCUAAAGCUGAACCCAAAGGACAGAAGGAGAAAUGAUGCGAAGGAGCAUGUCUCUCUCAAGCUUAAGCUGAUGGGAACUUCAAUGAAACCUGACACUAUCAUAGAGGCAUCUUUCAAGUUCUUGAUAUAUGAUCAGUCCUUUGGAAGGCACAGGGAGCAUCUAGGUAACCACAGUUUCCAGACUGCAAGCACAACUUCUGGCAGCUCAUGCAUGAUACCCCUGAAGAAACUGAAGACCUCUGGAUUUCUUGUCAACAACAGCUGCACCUUUGGUAUCGAGUUCAUCAAAGUCGCCACUGUCAAAACCAGUUCGCCAUUAGAAACACUCUUUGUCACGAAGAUGAACGUUUUCAACGAGGCCAAAGUUUACACUUGGGAAAUUGAGGACUACUUUGCACUUAAGAACCCGAGCUACUCACCAAAGUUUGAAGUCGGUGGAUACAGAUGGUUUAUCAAAAUGUAUCCAACUAGUGAAGGAAACCACCUGUCAUUGUUUCUUAUCACGAAGCAGCGAAAUGAUCUCCCAAAAGACUCUGGGAAUCUGGUCGAAUUUACCAUAUCCAUCAAGGACCUAGAAAAUGGCAAGGACAAGAAAUCAACCGGCCGGUUCCAUUUCUCAAACAAUGCUACUUCCUUGGGAUGGAGGAAAUUCAUCUCUCUAGAGGAUUUCAAGCACAAGUCAAAAGGCUAUCUCAUCAAAGGCAAGUGUUGCAUUGAGGCUAAAGUCGCAAUUGUUGGCCUCUCCAAGACGGUAGUUUCAGAAAUCCGUGAGAGCUGAUGAGAUUAUUCUAACUAGCACCAGCUAUAUGAAGUGCUCCAUAGCACCGUGACAUAUUGAGACUGUCUGCUUGUUUGGAACUAUGGAUAUCUCAUAUCUGAACAUACCUUUAGGCCCCGUUCUGUCAAAGACGCUCCCAUUCUGUCAAAGACGCUCCCAAAAUUAUGCUUAUACAUCACCAAUUUAGCAAGGGAACAUCUACCUCGUGUCCGACUGUUUUGGGCCAGUCAAGCAUUCCUGUGAAUUUUGGUAACAAACCAAAUCUUGUGAAAGAUACUUCUUCCCCUCUGUACUAUAGCACUGAAGAGUAAGACAUGUAUGUGGCUAAUGAACUGGUACAUCAAGGGAUGCCCUUCCUUCCCUACAACAAAAAUCUGAUAGGAGCCAACAAGAAAAUUUGCAGGACAAACUGGAAGUUUAAGGAAAGCAAUUAACGCCCAAAGCGCUUCUAUUUCAGUUUCUUAAUUUACAUCACGCUCGACUUGACAUAGACAGGGCUUUUCUUA